AUGGAAGAGAACAAAACGGUACCGGUUUCUUUGUCCUACACAAGCAAUCCUCACGAUGUGAAGAAACGAUUGUUGUACAGCAUUUGCUGGCUCCAAGAUCUUGGGGUUGGACACAUACAGCAUGCAACUUCCAAGAUAUGCUCAGCUUUGAUCAAAAGCCUCAUGGAGAUGAAUGAAAAGAAGAAGCACCAAUUCCAGGCCCGAAAAGUCUUCUACAGAAAAGUCCGGGUGCCCGCGGAUGGGCUUUGCGGUUGGUACUGCCUCUUGGCAGCCCAGGAUCCAAGUGCGUGGGAGAAGAUACCACGUAGUGAAGGGUCUUUCCCCAUCAAUCGUCAGAUACACCAACAGGAAUUGAACAAUGCCAAGACUCUGCAUAGAGAUGUGUGUGAGAAAGCCCUGACUGUUUGCAAUGAGUCUUAUCAUGGAGCUAUCCGGGAUGUGUUGGCACAUCCAAACUUUUCACCUGCCAAUUUGGAAUGGAUAGCCUACACAUUGUCCAUCGCAAUUCGCUGCACAUGCGAUCCCAAGGUUGGCCUCUAUGAUGGGACACAGUUGGACACAAUCUAUGGAUGCGGAGAGCCUAAUGUUCACAUGCUGUUCUCAUUUGACAAGGCUGUGGCAGGAAGCCAUGACUUCGGGCAUUUCACUUUGCUCAUCCCAAGCCAUUCCAAAGGUGGUGAUGGCCUACAGCUGGAUGAAUAUGUUGGUAUGAAGGUUGCAGAAGAGAGUCAAAAGCUUCUAUCCCUUAUGGCAAAUGACGAUCCUACAACAGUGCAAGCAGCCAUCACAGACGAACAAGCAAGUGCAGGAGAUGACAAGCAUCCAGACAAGCCAGAACUAGCUUGCAGCACCGCACACUUAGAACAGUCCCAGAGCCAGCAGCAGCCAGUUCAGCCAACUCCACAGGAGAAACACACAGAGACAGCAGCCCCAACAUCUCCUCGACAAGAGCCAAAGAAGCAAGAGCAAGAUCAACAGCAGCCAGCAGUUGAACAAACAACAAAAAGCAACAUCAAUCCAGGAGAUGACAAGCAUCCAGACAAGCCAGAACUAGCUUGCAGCACCGCACACUUAGAACAGUCCCAGAGCCAGCAGCAGCCAGUUCAGCCAACUCCACAUGAGAAACACGCAGAGACAGCAGCCCCAACAUCUCCUCGACAAGAGCCAAAGAAGCAAGAGCAAGAUCAACAGCAGCCAGCAGUUGAACAAACAGCAAAAGGCAACAUCAAUCCAGGAGAUGACAAGCAUCCAGACAAGCCAGAACUUGCUUGCAGGACCGCACACUUAGAACAGUCCCAGAGCCAGCAGCAGCCAGUUCAGCCAACUCCACAGGAGAAACACGCAGAGACAGCAGCCCCAACAUCUCCUCGACAAGAGCCAAAGAAGCAAGAGCAAGAUCAACAGCAGACAGCAGUUGAACAAACAGCAAAAGGCAACAUCAAUCCAGGAGAUGAGAAGCAUCAAGACAAGCCAGAACUAGCCUGCAGGACCGCACACUUAGAACAGUCCCAGAGCCAGAAGCAGCCAGUUCAGCCAACUCCACAUGAGAAACACGCAGAGACAGCAGCCCCAACAUCUCCUCGACAAGAGCCAAAGAAGCAAGAGCAAGAUCAACAGCAGCCAGCAGUUGAACAAACAACAAAAGGCAACAUCAAUCCAGGAGAUGACAAGCAUCCAGACAAGCCAGAACUAGCUUGCAGCAUCGCACGCUUAGAACAGUCCCAGAGCCAGCAGCAGCCAGUUCAGCCAACUCCACAGGCUCGAGCCAAGAGGCGCCUGUGGCCGGAAUAUUCAAUCAAAGUGAUUCCCCCUGGUGCGAAUGCUGGAGUUGAAGUGAAACAAGAGAUUUUUUCCAGCCCAGAGCCGUCACAACAUGUGAAAGUUGAAGUGAAAGAAGAAGUUUUAUCCAGCCCAGAGACAUCGCAGCCAUCAAAGCUUACCAGCAGCAGCAAAUGUCUACCGAGAAGGCAGGGCAGCAGAAAUCAACAUGCUGAAUGGAAGGCUGUGUCAGCACCACCCGAGCCUGAAAUCAGCGCUCUGUUUCAAGGAAAGGCAGAAUCACCAACACCACAUGUGGAAGAUGUGUGCUUGUUUGGGGACCUACUGGAUGCAGAAAGUACAUGUGCAGGAAAGAAUGACAAAGAUUCACAGUUGGACCAAAAUCUCACACGCAGAUUUCAGAGGAUAGCAACAACACGGCAGCAGAAGCAGCAGCCGCAGCAGCAGCAAUAUGCAAAGCACAGCCUGGAUUCAGACGUCCGUGAAUCACCAAGACCGUGGAAACUGGCAAAGUUGAGACCACACAGCCAACACAACAAGUCACCAGCUUCAACUACCACAUCUAGCCCAGAGAACUUAGACAAAAAAGUGAAUUGCAUCAUACUGCUAGAGAGCACCUGGGAAAAAUUGGUAGCUGGCCAAAGUACAACAAUUUUUCGUACCUACUCCUUGCGGACCGCCCCACUACAACUUCAUGUGCUUUCCCGUGGGGAUGGCAGCUUCACUUCCUAUGUUGGGAAGAUGACGGUUCGCGAAGUAGAAGCUGUGACCUCUAGUCGCACUGUCAAAGACUAUGAGAACAACCCUAUGGAGGUCAAAUUCUGGUCUGAUAAGGUCAGGAAUGAGAAAGAAGUUUUCAUAUGGAAGAUCAGCACAGUGCAGGCAUGGGAUGAACCCAAGCCGAUUCGGUUUCUCCAGGCAAAGUAUCGGAACAGGCACUUUCAGGUUCCCAAGAGACAGCUCAUGCAAGGUUCUGCGGGAAUGGAGACUCCUAUGCCGUCCUUGUAUGCAACAUCAGCUUGGUUCGUGCGUUUGCUGAGCAUCUCUCAAUACCAGCACCUCAAACGUGUGGCUCUAGAACUGGAUGGAACUGAUUUAAGGAUUGGUACCACAUGUUCCGGGAGCGACAUUUGCAUUGUGGCCAUUCAUGGUUUGAUGGAAGCCAUCAAUGCUGAGUUUGGUGUCAACAUUGGUGUCAAACACGUCUUCUCAGCAGAGCUUGACCCGAAGAAACGUCAGUACAUUUUGGAUUGUCAUCAGGCUGAUCACGUGUAUGGCGAUGUCAUCGCAUUCAGCAACCAGAGAGGGCACUGUCUUUUGAAUGCGAAGCGCAAAGACUUUGCAGGUAGCUACCAGUCUGGAGAAGGUUUCGGAACAUCUGCACACACUUACAAGCACGGCUGGAAGGGAGUUGUUGAGCUUUUGUGCCCCAUCAUGUCCAUCUAUGAGAAUGUGAAGGGCGCAAUGGAGCGAAACACAGAUGCAAAUGGAAGGAAGCAUCCACCUGCCAUUCAAACUGUUGAGAAGGAUGCCAAUGAAAAUGGCUACCAUUUCGUAUGGUCGCUGCUUGAUUCACAGGACUUCCUAGUGCGGCAUCGACGCAAUCGGGUUUGGGGAGUGGCAGCAGUAAAUUCAGGGCAACAAAGCGAGGCUGAAUUCCAAACUUUGUACAAACGUGCAAUUUCAUCUCUACAAACCCACUGCCACUUCUCUAUGCGGGAUACAUUUGGCCGAUAUCCUAAAGAGGAUCCCAAGACUGAUCGGGAGCGGGAGCUUCUUGAGAAGGCAGUGGAGAAAUUCAAAGGGGCUUUCAAGGCUAUGGCUACAAGUUCCUGGGCACAAGAUCUAUGUGGCAAUGGGAUGACGGGCACGGUGGUCCAAGCUGUUGUCUUAGCUGCCUUGGCAUCUUCAGAUGCUUUUCUACACAUCCAACGUGGAGAUAUUGCUGCCGCAAGCCCUUCAGCAUCUGGCGCGGAUGUGUCACCAAUAGCAGCAGCUGCAGCUGGGUCAAGACCGCAUAGUGGGGGUCACCAGGUGGUAGCUUCUACUGAAGGUGAUCAAGAAGUGACUGAGCCAGUCCCAUCAGCCAGGGGCAGGAAACGCAAACAGGAUAGCCCAAAGAAAAAGGAGAAGUCGGUAGAGUUACCAGUUCCAAAAAAACGUGUUCGUGGGAAACAGACACUGUUGUCGAUUCCACCAGCAAAGAAAAAACAUGGGUCUGGACCAGGAAACACAAAGGCAACAGGAAAGAGCGCGAUGGUCUCCAUUUUUCAACGUGAGGCUAUUUGCAAAGCCUAUGAUGAUAUUGUUGAGAAAGGUUCAAAGUAUCCUGACAAAGACCUGAAAAAGUUGAACAUGCAUGGCUAUUACAGAGGAUGCGCCCUACCUAGCAAGUGGGGAAAAGCCCGCCAGGAACAAAAAUGGGGUUUACUUUGCAUGACUGCUCCAGCGCUUUGCAAGGCCAAAAAGGAGCUGCCCAAUAGCCUACGCUUGGUCAUCAAUUUUCCCACACUCAAGCAUGGGAAUAUGCAUGCACACUCAGAGACGAGGACAAUGUUGCCGGGUGUCUUGAAGGGUGCCGUGGAGGAGCUGGUAAUGGAAAGAAUUGACCAGGGUGAAGAAGUUGGUGUGGCAUUUGUCAAAAACACAAUCCUUUUCUUGGUUUCGGUCUGGAAUGACUGCGUGCUUUCCAUUCGUGAGCUGAUUAGGAACAAAAACUUGGACAUGCUGAAAGAUGAGGAUGAAAAGUUGUCCAAAAUGUCCAACAAACAGUUGGAUGAGCUUUUUUCUUCUCUCACCAAACGUGCUGAUGAAAUUUUGGUGCCUAUCCAAUUGGCAAAGUCCGAUGAUGCCCUGACGAAGCAGGCACACAGGAUUUGCAACAUGUAUGGACUUCGUUUGAAGUCCAUCGAAAAGCCUGGAGCGCACUUGGCCUACGAUUCUCCGGCUUUAGAAGCAGUGAGAUCACAGAUCCGUGCCUUGAUAGAAUCAAAACAUGUGCAUCCCCAAUUGGUCAUGAACUUUGACCAGGUCUGGUCAUUGCGAUUCAGACCUCGGAAAAAAUCCUAUAUGAAGGAUUCGAAGAUGGCUGGGGUGCAAAAGGACCCAUUAACUCGGUCAAUGUACAUGAGAAAGAUACGCCAUUCUUUGCAGCAAUGUUUGGACCUACCAUUUAGUGAGCCAAACCCAAGAGAGCCACCCAGAAUUCUUGCCCCAAAACCCCCGACAGUACUGGGAGGGAAGGCAGCUUGUGGAAUGAUAGAUGAAUGGAGGGUGCCAAGAACGGUUACCACCCUUUCAUUUGCUGAUGGCUAUUGCGGACGACUACAUGUGACUCUGCGGGAGGGAUCGCUACCAGAGGAGAAACGCAAUGCUCUCAACGAAGAGCUCAGGCGAUGGCUGGUCAUUGAUCAACAACAGUCGAAAUCGCACAUGUGGAACGAGAAUACCCUGGUGAGGUAUUUAUCACAUUUGUCGCAGGAGUUGCGACACCGCCGAAGACAAUUGAACCUAACCAUGCAAGACCGUGCCUUGUGUUUCUAUGAUCAGGCUGCUGCACACAUGUCCAAAUCAUUCCUCAAAAUCCAAGAGAAGUGGUCAGAAGAAAACAAUUGCGAACUGAUGAACGGUCACUCAGAGGUGCCAAUACCUGGUGGUUUUGGUGCCUCUGGGGCACCCAACGACAGUUGGCACCAGGUAUUGCAUAGUCUUACAAAGAGUUAUACUCGAUUGGCUGUGGGGUGGGCCGAAUUUCCACACCUCCGUCGAAGAUUGGAGGAACUGGAAUUUUCAGUGCAGGGCCAACCUUCUACAAAGUUCCUGGGUUCAUCUGUUCUGGUGGGCAGGAUUACACUUAGAACACGUGGUUCUUUCCCACAUUUCUACUAUAUAUAUAUAUAA